CUCCACCUCGCUCUCUCACACUCUCUCUCAGCUCCACCCAUCUGAAAAUAGCAAAACUCCACAGAGAGAGAAAGAAGAAGAGAAUGAGUGAUUGUAAACGCAGUGCUUCAACAAUUGCAGCAAUGGAGGAGGAUUAUGUAUCUUCUUCUAGUGGACCUACCAUCUCUAAGAAAAGGAAAACCACUCCUUCCAACUCCCAUUGUUUCCUCAUUGAAUUUCCUCACAUAUCGCCUGAAACUUCCUUGAAUUCCGCCGGCACGGUGGUUUCCGGUGAGUCUUGCUUGGAUCGCUCUCCGCUCUCUUCCUGCUGCAGCUCCAGCCAUGUUGCUGAUACCGGUGAAUCCGUUAAGACCGCGCCGUUAGAUCUGGAGGUGCAAACCAAGGGUUUCGAAACUGUAGACUCAACGAAUCACAAUUUGAAGUCAUUCAGUUUGUUGAGGGAAUUUUCUGGAGACUCAGAAGAAUUGGUGUUUCCAGAGAAAUAUUCAGCGGCGGUGAGCGAGCUUCGGAAAAUGAAGAAGACACCACCAAUGGCGGAGAUUGAAGAAUUCUUUGCAACCACCGAAAGAAACGAGCAAAAGCGCUUUGCAGAGAAGUACAACUUUGAUAUUGUUAGAGAUAUGCCGUUGGAGGGUCGAUACCAGUGGGUUCGUUUACAUUAAAUGCAAUGAAUAAGAGAGAUCGAGUGAAAGAGUUAGAGAAAGAGAAAGUGUUUGUGUGUUGGUUAUGGAUGAUGGAGGGGGUAAUAGAGGUGAGAGGAGUUUGUAGAGUUUUGAAAUUUCUCUCUUCUAUCUGGUCUUCACUCAUUUUUUCUUUUUCUUUUUAUCUCUUUGUUUUGUUCCUAUCACAUCACCUAUCAUAUUCAUUUCGUGCCUUAUUUCUUCUUUUAUAUCUCGGCGGAAGUGGGAUUGAAACGUGAAAGUAAGUUUUUCUAAGUUUGAAGGGAGAGUUGGUGUUGAACACUGAUGGUGAUGGAUGAUGAAGCUAACUUGACAUGGUAAAAUGGAAAUUGACAGUGUAACUUCUGGUAGAGAUGCUGGUGAUGGAAAGGCUACAAUUUUUGUACAGCUAACUCUUUUCUCUUUUCACAUGUUGGAUAUAACAAGCUGGCUUUUCUGCUACAACACAAUCUCCCUACUCAUAGAUAGAAUAAAUAGAAGUGUAGAGGUCCUUUUUCAGCUGAUGAUGAUGAAGAAAAAGAGGAAGAAAUAUAAAAAAAGAGCAUAGAAAUUCCCACACGGAAUUGGUGUCCUUAUGUUUGGAAUUUGCAAUUGAGAUCGUCUCUUUCAGUGUUCCCAGUACAAUAAGGGGUUCAGCUAAUUCUUAGGGCUGUUUUCAUUGUUCAGUUUUAGAAGAAUUCAUGGAUAGAAAACCAGUUGUUAUUUGGUAAUUUUUCUAUGAAAAAGUGUCUUUUGUUCGAGCUUUCU